CUCUUUGACACAUUUUAUCCCCGGCAAACCCGAAAAAAAAAUGAAGCUUACUGUUGCUUCGCGAAACCCAAAGUCGACCAAGUUUCCACUCACGCUCGAUUUCGACGGAACGCCCGAGACUGUUAAGGUGCACGAUGUUGCGAUAGCCAUUGAGAAGAAGUUCCCCAAAUACUAUCCCGACAGACAACGAUUGACCAACCUCGAUAAGAAGGCUCUUGAUGUUGACAAGACCUUGGCCGAAGCUGGCAUUGCCGACGGCGCCACUAUUCAAUUUAAAGAUCUCGGUCCUCAAAUUGGCUGGCGAACUGUGUUCUUGAUUGAAUACGGUGGUCCAUUGCUCAUUCAUCCCAUUUUCUACUAUUUGUCCAAGACCUUUUACCGUGCCACUUUUGAGCAUUCACCCAUGCAGCAAGUAGUGUAUUACAUGUGCAUGGCACACUUUUUGAAGCGUGAGCUCGAGACUCUGUUUGUGCACCGCUUUUCGCAUGGAACUAUGCCUUUCUUCAACGUUUUCAAGAACUCGGGUCAUUAUUGGUUGCUGUCGGGUAUCAAUUUGGCCUAUUGGGUGUAUGGUCCUUGGUUUGCUGCUGGUAAGGCUGCUAGCGCUCGCAGCGAUGUCUGGCUCUAUGGCUCCGUUGCCGUGUGGAUGUGGGCCGAAUUAUCCAACUUGGCAACACACAUCACUUUGCGCAACUUGCGCCCUGCUGGCACGCGUCGUCGUGCCAUUCCUUUUGGCUACGGUUUUGAUUUGGUUUCAUGCCCCAACUACUUUUUCGAAACCAUUGGAUGGACCGUUCUCUGCUUCCUUUCAACUAGCUGGAGUGCGUGGCUCUUCAACAUUGUGGCCACUGGUCAGAUGUAUGUCUGGGCUGUUAAGAAACACAAGAACUACAAGAAAGAAUUCAAGGAUUACCCACGCAACAGAAAGGCCAUGUUCCCCUUCAUUGCUUAAAUAUUUGUAAAAACAACGAAUACAGUAAUAAUUACCCAUUCAAGUUUUGCUGGGAGGAGAAAAGGUGUGUUUGGUAACAUAGUAACAAAUGCCGAACAACAAGCAACGAUCAGAAGAGGAGUAAAGGAUUGGUAGUGAAGAACUGAUACAGAAACCAAAUUGGAGUCUGGUGUGUCGAAGUAGGCUAACACAAUAGAUAAUAUGGAGAUCAAAACCAGCA